GGCGUCCUGGGCUAUUGCGCGCCGUGCAAUUUAAAUUCCAGGACAUUUAACAACGUACAGAUUCAGUCAUAACUCAUUAGAGGACAAUAGCCGAAUAUUCCCACCUCUUCAGCGUCCAGGGGACGUCUAUCUGCUGUCUGCAGGAGACAGUUGCUCACAGCAAGCCGCGGACAGCAGUUACGCUGGGAAGUUGCGCGUCUGAACGCACUGUCCGUCGAUCCUCUGGACCCAGACUGUAACUUCUUCUGUCUCUAGCUGACACGCAAGAUUAGCGCGAUGUUAAUCAGACCCGGCGCUGUCUUUACGUUUGGAAAAUGACUGCGAGCUUUAGCGAGUUUUCCACGAUGGUGAGGAGAUGCCCUGUCACUUUCAAACCAUUCAGAAUUUUUGUAGUGGGAGUUGGCUUCUUCAGCCUGUGCUUUCUAAUGACUUCUCUUGGGGGCCAAUUCUCGGCCAAGCGACCCAGAGACUCCCCCUUCACCAUGCGAGCUGAAGUACUCGGUGGCCAAGAGUCUCGAGGGGUUCUGAGAAAAAUCAGCGACAUGCUGGAGGUGAUCAUGAAAAGGAUGGAUGCUUUGUCCAAACUGAGCAACACCACUGACACCCACAGGCUGGAUGAGCUCAGCUCGGCCCUGGACAGGAUUCAGCCCAUAGGACUAGUGGAGCGGAUCCAGGCCAUAGCCCAGAACAUGUCUGAAAUGGCUGUGAGAGUGGAGCAGAUCCUGCAGCGCAGCAUGGCCGGCAAUCGAAUUAGGGAUGGAGCCUUUGGGCAGUGUGAGAUUCCCAAGGAUCCUCGUUAUCCGGAUUGCAACAGUAAGAUGGAUUGGAUGCGUGCUCGUUGGACCUCGGACCCGUGUUAUGCCUUUUAUGGAGUUGACGGCUCUGAUUGCUCCUUUCUCAUCUACCUGAGUGAGGUUGAGUGGUUCUGCCCCCCACUGGCCUGGAGGAACCAAACUGCUACGCCCACACUGAAGCCUCUCCCUAAGAAGCAGGCUGUUUUCCAGUCAGACAUUGGGUCUCUGCUGGAGCAGGUGGGCACUGAGAAGGAGUCUCUAAGCUUCAUGAAGAGACGCAUACGCAGGCUGGCAGCACAGUGGGCCUCUGCUGCUCGACGGCUGGAUGACAAGCUCCACAGCCACUGGAGAGAGCAAAAAAGGAUUCUAGUCCAUGUUGGCUUUCUGACAGAGGAGUCUGGGGAUGUUUUCAGUCCCAAGGUGCUGAAGGGGGGUCCUCUGGGUGAGAUGGUACAAUGGGCCGACAUUCUCACAGCUCUUCAUGUGCUUGGACACAAUGUCAAGAUCUCAGUUUCUCUUAAGGAGCUGCAUGGGUUUUUGGGUGUCCCUCCAGGAAGAGGAAGCUGCCCCCUCACCAGUCCUCUUCCCUUUGACCUCAUCUACACCGACUACCACGGCUUACAGCAGAUGAAGCAACACAUGGGUCUUUCAUUGAGGAAGCACAAGUGCCACAUCCGAGUGAUUGACACCUUUGGCACAGAGCCCGCCUACAACCAUGAGGAGUACGCCACUCUUCAUGGUUACAGAACCAACUGGGGCUACUGGAACCUUCAUGGCCAGCAGUACAUGACCAUGUUCCCCCACACUCCAGACAACUCUUUUAUGGGUUUUGUGGCAGAGGAACUGAAUGAGACUGAGAGACUUUAUAUCCAGAGGAACAAGGUUAACAAUAUGGCUGUUGUGUAUGGCAAGGAUGCCAGCAUGUGGAAGCUCCAAGAAAAGGAAAAAUUCCUUGCUGUUCUGCAUCGCUACAUGGAGAUACAUGGGACAGUGUACUACGAAACUCAACGCCCCCCAGAGGUGCCUGCCUUUGUCAAGAACCAUGGCCUGCUGCCUCAGCAGGAGCUGCAGCAGCUCCUCAGAAAGGCCAAGCUCUUCAUUGGAUUUGGCUUCCCGUAUGAAGGCCCUGCCCCUUUGGAGGCCAUAGCCAAUGGCUGUAUAUUUCUGCAGCCCAAGUUUAACCCCCCUCACAGCUCACUCAAUCAUGAGUUCUUCAGAGGGAAGCCCACCUCCAGGAAGGUGUCCUCUCAGCAUCCCUAUGCAGAGCAGUAUAUUGGCAGACCACAUGUCAUCACUAUUGACUUUAAUAACUCAGAGGAGUUUGACACUACCAUCCGGGAGAUCAUGAGGAUCAAUGUGGACCCGUUCCUGCCCUAUGAGUACACAUGUGAGGGAAUGCUUGAAAGAGUCCAUGCUUACAUUCAAAACCAGGACUUUUGUUCCCCUGAAGUUCCAUUUCCUCCAGUCAACUCCUCUCGGCCUUUGCUUGGAAGUCCUUUCAUCCCCCUGCCUAACUCCAGAAUCCUAACCUGGGUCUCCAACAGCAGCUCCAUCUCAGCGUGGCCUCCUCUCACUGCACUGCGGCUCUUGACAUCACUGCGAGGCCAGUCAUGUGUGGAAGCGUGCCAGAGUGAAGGACUAAUCUGCGAGCCUGCUUUGUAUCGUUUCAUCAACAUUAAGGAGGCCUUUAGCGCGCUGAGCUUCGAGUGUGAAGGAGUGGAGUCAGAAAUGAACCACCUCUUCCCUGCCUUCUCAGCGGAGCAUGCUGAAUGUGGCCUGCAGCGGGAUCCACUACUUUUCAGCUGUGCUGGCUCCAGCAUGAAAUACCAACGCCUUUGCCCCUGCAGGGACUAUCGUAAUGGACAGGUGGCACUGUGCAGAGACUGUCUAUGACCACAGGUGGGUCUAGUGGAGGAAUACUGUUUUGCAUCACAUUUUGCAAAGAUCCAAGCUAUCUUGUGGACUCCAUUUGACGAGGAGACUCUGUGGCAAAAAUAAAAAGUGUAAUGCAUAAACAGUGACUGUGCUUUCUUACCUCUCAUCCAAGUGUGGCUGCUAAAGAAAGUCAAGUGUUAAUAACCUCUCAGGGAACUGCAUGAUUGUACUUUGAAUCUGAUGAGUUUGAAGCCUCAGUUCUACAGGCUGACAUGGUGGCAGCAGGAUCACAGUUAUUCUAAAUCAUGAUGAAACAUGUAAAUUGAAGAAUGAGUAAGUACAGAAAUUGCAAACAAUCAAAACAAGUUUUGAUUAAAAAAAAAAAAUGUUGCAAAUGAAUUUCACUUGUGUGUUUACUCUGUGUUGUGUGAAUACUUUCAGUAUCAUAGUAGAGUUUGGGUAUUUGCCCCAGAUGCACCCAAAGCCAUUUACACCAUGUUGAGAUGCACUAUUUUACAUGUCCUGUGAUAAAUAUAUUUGUACAUAAGUGUUA